GUCGUGGUGAGAAUGUUAUUGAAUGUGCUGAUCUUCUUAUUCAGAUGGGAGCUAUUAUAUUUGCAAUGACAGAUCGGGGAGAAACAGCAGGAGAUAUUGCUGAACAAAGUGGCCAUAAUGAACAACUCACUGAAAUACUUAGAGCUGCUGAAGUUGAAGAAGCAGUCAGGUGUUUGGAGUCUAACACAGAACUUGCCAAAGACAAGGAGACUUGGAAAUAUUUAAAAACCUUACUUAAAGUUGUCACCAGUGUUCAGAAAUCAGAAGCAGUUUUUAUUAAUGGAGAUGAGUCUUCAAAGAAAGUAGAUGAUAUAUUGACAAAACCAGACAGCGAUGCCAGGUUCAAGACCAUGUCAUUAAACAGAGUUUUCUCCAAGCCUAAAUUAGCAAACCAAGUUUGUCAAUUGUGUGGAAGAGGAGAAUCAAAUAUUGAACCUGUUGUUAGAACUGAUCUUAUAGAACAUGAUUCUCCCCAGAUCAAAGAACAGCUUGUGAAAUGUCAGAAAGAGAACGAUGAACUGGAAAAAAGAUGCAAAAAGUUGAUGAACUCCAUUAGUAUUGCAGCCAAUACGAGAGAGAAACAAGAGCAAGAUAUUUGUCGUCUUAACAGUGAGCUGGAAAAAUUUCAUGAAGAGAAAGAGUUGGCUCUUCAACGGUGUGAGGCAACUUACAUGAAUAAAGAGACAAAGAUUCGUCAAGAAGCUCAUUUUGCUGUUCACGAGGCCAACGAACGAUUAAAGGAUGUUGAAAAAGAAAUUCAAGAUGUUGUUCAUCUUAAGUCUCUUUACAAACUUACCUGGAUUCCCGAUCAGAUCGUAUUUCGAUGUAUGAAUGCGAAAUGCCGAGUUCCUUUCAGCCAGACAAAACGACGACAUCAUUGUCGAUGCUGUGGUCGCGUUUUUUGUUCAAGUUGUUCUUCUAAACUUGCACCGCUCGAACAUUUUGGUUACCUUGAUCCAGUGCGCAUGUGCAAUCAAUGCUUCGCACUCAUAGAUGAAACGUUUGUUGAAGAAGGACAGUCAGAUCCAGGUGAAGCGGUGAGGGACACAAUACAAUGAUUUGGACAAUCCACGGGAAUACGUGGGCAUUCUUCUUCUUCGUGUGUCUAAAUUGAUUUAGACAACGCAGGAAAUCUCGUAAAGUACCAGAUGUGGAUAUAUUGUGUUUUAUUGCAUCAUUAUUUACCUCUUUAUUUUUAAAUAUAAUUUUUUUCUCACAGAAU